AGUAUUAGUCUAGAUAACAUCACUCCUACAACUCAACACCAGUCCAACAACGCACUUCAAUAUUUUCCGAUGCAACCUCUCAGCCACCUGAGAACCGUCAUUUGCGUGCCGUUAACCACCGCAUCGCCACCGUCAAACCCUAAAAACCACCUCAUCCCACACGCCGUGAGCGGCGGACCUACCAGCAGCUUCUCCGCCAGCAAAUGGGCGAACCGACUCUUCGCCGACUUCCAAUUCCUCCCUACAACCACCAAUGCCGACUCGCCGGAUGUAACCGACACCGCUCUCACGCCGCCGUACACUCCGCCGCCCUCCGACCGCCACGUGGCUAUGCCGAUUGACUUCUACAGAGUUCUCGGAGCGAAGGAACACUUUGUAGGUGAUGGAAUUGUUAGGUGUUAUGAAGCUAGGGUUUCGAAACCGCCUCAGUAUGGUUAUAGUGAGGAUGUGUUGAUUAGCCGGAGGCAGAUUCUUCAGGCGGCUUGUGAAACCCUAACGAACCCUAGCUUGAGACGAGAGUAUGAUUUAGGGUUUGUGGAUGAUGCGAUUGUUACUGAUGUUCCGUGGGAUAAUGUGCCGGGAGCUUUGUGUGUGUUGCAAGAAAGUGGUGAGGAUGAACUGGUGCUUCAAAUCGGUGAGAGUUUACUGAAAGAGAGACUACCCAAAUCAUUCAAGCAGGAUGUUGUGUUGGCAAUGGCACUGUCCUAUAUCGAAAUCUCAAGGGAUACGAUGGCGAUGUCUCCCCCUGAUUAUAUCAAGGGUUGUGAAUUGCUGGAAAGAGCGCUUAAGUUAUUGCAGGAAGAAGGUGCAAGCAGCCUUGCACCGGAUUUGCAAUCACAAAUUGAUGAAACUUUAGAAGAGAUAAGCCCACGAUAUGUGCUGGAACUUUUGGCGUUACCUCUUGAUGAUGAAUACCAAACAAGAAGGACAGAGGGUCUUCAAGGUGUGCGCAAUAUUUUGUGGGCUGUUGGAGGUGGUGGUGCCGCUGCUGUUGCUGGCGGAUUUACACGUGAAGAUUUCAUGAACGAGGCCCUCUUACGGAUGACUGCAGUGGAACAGAUUGAACUCUUUAGUGCCACACCAAAGAACAUACCGGCAGAAAGUUUUGAAGUUUACGGAGUUGCUUUAGCACUUGUAGCACAAGCCGUCAUGGGCAAAAAGCCUCAUCAUAUUUCAGAUGCCGAAAAUUUAUUUCAAGAACUUCAACAAAUCAAAGUAACAUCCUUGAGUGAUCCAUCACUUACAUACAGCGUAAAAGAAGUUCGCCAGAUAGAUUACUCAUUAGAACGGGGUCUCUGUUCACUUCUUGUAGGUGAAGUUGACGAAUGUCGCUCAUGGUUAGGUUUGAACAAUGAAAACUCACCGUACCUAGACCCUUCCAUUGCUACUUUUGUUCUUGAACAUUCCGGAAACGAUCCCGACAACGAUCUUCUUCCGGGCCUUUGUAAGUUGUUGGAAGCAUGGUUGACGGCAGUUGUUUUUCCUAGGUUUAGAGAUACCACGGAUGUUAAUUUUAAGCUUGGGGAUUAUUACGAUGAUCCUGUUGUAUUGAGAUAUUUAGAAAGGCUCGAAGGCGGUGGUGGUGGUUCGUCGUUGGCGGCAGCCGCUGCCAUUGCGAAAAUCGGUGCUGAAGCUACUGCGGUUCUCGAUAGUGUUAAAUUAGAGGCAAUUCAGGCGUUACAGAAGGUUUUUCCACUCGGUCAAGAGUCAGAGAGCACUGUUAGAUGUUAUGAUAACAAUAACGAUGAGUUUGAUGAUUCUGAUGUUAUUGAGAGUGAUAAUUUAAUCACUGUUUCUGAAGAAAAUAGUUUAAAUAAUAGUGAUGAAAGUAAAGAAGAAGAAACGAUAACUUACCAGAUAAAAGAUGCGGCUGUGAAGAUUAUGUGUGCUGGUGUGGUGGUGGGAUUGAUGACUUUGGCGGGCUUAAAAUUUUUGCCGUUCAAGAAAGGCUCUACUGAGUAUAAAGAAGCAAGUCCGCCUAUGACUUCUGAUGCCGUCACUGUGGAGGAGAGUGUAGUUGAAGAAAUACCUAGAAUGGAUGCAAGAUAUGCUGAAGGUCUAGUGCGCAAGUGGCAGAGCGUCAAAUCCCAGGCCCUCGGACCUCAUCAUCACCUCUCAAAAUUGUCCGAGGUAUUAGAUGGUGAAAUGCUGAAGAUCUGGUUAGAUCGAGCAACCGAAAUUGGUGAACGUGGUUGGUUUUGGGAGUACAAUCUUUUAAACAUGAGCAUUGACAGUGUGACGAUUUCACCAGACGGGCGGCUAGCUGUUGUGGAAGCAACCCUCGAAGAGUCCGCUAAGUUGACUGAUUUGACAAAUUCGGAAAACAAUGACUCGUACAGUUCAACCUACACUACACGUUAUGAGCUGUCAUAUACAAACUCAGCAUGGAAAAUCACAAAGGGGGCUGUCCUUAAAUCUUAGUUAUGUCUCCUUCACUGUUAGUUGUGUUAGGUGUUGCUUAUAAAAAUAAAAAUAUAAUACAAGUCUGUAUAGGUAGCUGGUGUUUGGAUGUAAUUUUUAAUAUUUGUGGUCAUUUACAAGAAAUAUCACAAUUAAACCAUAUUAUUAUGAAUCGGUUUUGGUUA